UUAAUAAACCUUUUUUUUUCCUUAUUUAAUUUGCAAACCCCACCCAAAACUUUCCACCUCUCUCUCUCUUGCUCUUCCAUUGAGAGAGGGAGAGAGAGAGUAUAUUAGUGGGUUUUCCAUGGAAGGAGGAGGUAGUGAUAAUUAUUGGCUUCAAAAGUCCGACCAUGGCGAUGACGUGGCUGCCGCCGGCCAUAAGAAUAGUCGCCUCCGGGAUGGUAUCGCGGCGGUCCUUUUGCGGUGGAAUGGCCUGCAAAUGGCGGUGAACAACCACUGGGGCGGUCCCAAUUCUCUUCAGAAAUCCCACAAACUAGCUUCUGAUAUCUUCUCUUGCUUCUCUCAGGCCAAAGCGCUGCUGUACGUUGAAGAUGUAGAAAAUCUGCUUCACGAGAGCUUGCUUCUGUCUUUUAACACAGAUAUAGAAGAUGGCAGCAUCGAAGAGGUUGCAGAACAGUUGAUGGUUUUACAUGAAGAAUGUUCUCAUCAAUCGUUUAUGCAGGAAAGUCGAUCAAAAUAGUUAAUGGAUAUACUAGGAUAAAUUCAAUAGCGAAUAUUAUUAUUACUAGAAAAACAAAAUUAAGCAUUCUCUCAAAGUACAAACUAAUUAACUAGCAGAGUUCAUAUAUAUAUAUAUAUAUUAGAUACAAGCAACUUAGAAGGCAUGUUAUUUGAUUAGUUUAUUUAUAGAAUUGUUCAAUUAUAUUUAUUAAA